ACUCUCUUUAGUCUUCACCUCAGUCUUCUUAGAAGUGUUGAAAACAGAGAGAGAAUUUCGCUCCCCUUGCGUUGUUGGACCUGCUCAGGAACCAUGGCACUCCCAGUGACUCCGAUCUCUCCCCCUCUGAAAGAUGAGCUAGAUAUAGUGAUCCCAACGAUCAGGAGCCUCGAUUUCUUGGAGAUGUGGAGGCCAUUCUUCCAACCCUAUCACUUGAUCAUCAUUCAAGACGGAGAUCCCACCAAAACGAUUCGAGUCCCUGACGGUUUCGACUAUGAGCUUUACAACCGGAACGACAUCAAUCGGAUCAUGGGGCCCAAGGCCAACUGCAUUUCCUUCAAGGAUUCCGCUUGCCGUUGCUUCGGAUUUCUCAUCUCCAAGAAGAAGUACAUCUUCACCAUUGAUGACGAUUGCUUUGUGGCCAAGGAUCCGAGCGGGAAGGACAUCAAUGCAUUGGAGCAGCAUAUAAAGAACCUAUUGACGCCAUCUACACCUUUCUUUUUCAACACACUGUAUGACCCAUACAGGGAAGGUACGGACUUCGUCCGGGGAUACCCAUUCAGUUUAAGAGAAGGUGUACCCACUGCCAUCUCUCAUGGCCUCUGGCUCAAUAUACCCGAUUAUGACGCACCCACUCAGCUCGUCAAGCCUCUGGAACGUAACACCAGCUCUUGCAGGUAUGUGGAUAUGGUCAUGACAAUACCCAAAGGCUCCUUAUUCCCAAUGUGUGGAAUGAACCUGGGAUUUAAUAGAGAGCUGAUAGGCCCUGCAAUAUACUUUGGGCUUAUGGGUGAUGGCCAACCAAUUAGCAGAUACGACGACAUGUGGGCUGGCUGGUGUGUCAAGGUUGUCUGUGAUCAUUUGGGCCUUGGGGUGAAGACAGGGUUGCCAUAUAUUUGGCACAGUAAGGCGAGCAACCCUUUUGUGAACUUGAAGAAAGAAUACAGUGGCAUCUACUGGCAAGAAGAAAUCAUCCCGUUCUUCCAAUCUGUUUCUUUCCCAGAAGAAUGUAAAACUGCACAGGAAUGCUACAUCGAGCUCUCGAAGCAGGUGAAGGAGAAGCUUGUUCACAUUGACCCUUACUUUGAGAAACUGGGAGAUGCCAUGGUAACAUGGAUUGAAGCCUGGGACGAGUUCAACCCAGCACCCAAUGCAACAGCGUAGAUAGAGAAAGUGAUAAAUUUCAUCUACUAGGCUGUUUAGGUUUACAUUCUUCCGUCUCCCUGGUUAUUACUGUUUUUUCCUUCAACCAAAACUUAUACCUUCUUUGUUUGAAGGAAGCAGCCUUGCUGAGCCCUUAAUAAAUAUUUAUCAGGUUUCAUUUGCAAA